GACUUAAAAGCUGCUAUACCUCAGAUGCACUUUUUGCCAUUUAACCUCAAAGACAGGAGAGUAGAUGCAACUACUAGGGAGACAGAAAGAACAGACAUGCUUUCUGCUUUUGGUAAUGUUUCAGUUCAGACUGAACGAAAUAAAAAGAGUUCUUCAGAUGUGACAGGUGUUCAUAAUUCUGGUUCUGAUCUCAAACAGCCGGAUCAUAUCUCCUCUAAACAACAUAAUAAACAUGCUAUAAAGAAUAUACAUGAUCUCAGUUCUAAAAUCUCUGUGCCUGUUGUUGGUAGUGUUGAGAAGAUUCAUCCUAGAGAGACCAAGUAUUCCAGUUUAAGCAAAGAAAUAGCUGAUUCAGGUGCUGCUGUGGAUAAAUGUGAAAAUCGUGAAACAGCAAACACGCAGACCAAAAUGCCAGUAACAUUUAAAAUGUUACAGAAAGAAGGAUUGCAGAUCAGUAGUUCUGCCAGACUGUCAGAGGAUAAGAAGCAUCAAGUCGUAGAAUCAAAACCUGUUUUGUCACUUUCCAAAAGGAGAAAAAGAUCAAGAAAGAAAACACGACAGCAAAAUUCAUUAGGACAGACUCAGAACAUGCCACAUGCCUUUGAAGCCAUUCCAGACAAAAAUCAUGUGUCGUCAGUUACAAAAUGUAUUUCUAAAAGUUUGAAAUCUUGUCCUCUUGUUUUCUUGUCUUCGGCCCCAGGAAAGCAAAAGAAAAAUUUGGCUUUAAGUCAAAACGUUAAAGAAGAGAGUACAUUUCAGCACAUGCCUUCAAACACCCAACACAAAACCGAUGUGCAGAAGGUACCACCAGAACAAGGAAAGAAAAAAGGAAAACAUAAUGCCAAAAAAUCACCAGAUUCUACAGAAACCAAAGAUUAUGAAGAAGCCAUGGUGCGGUUAGCUAAAGGUCUGCGACCAAAAGGCUUUAUCUAUGUGGGAGGCCUGGGCAAGAACCCAAGUGAUGAUCCUCUGCCUGUACUAGACAGAAAGAUCAGAAUGAAGAAAUCAGCAUCAGAAACUAAUCAGCCAUCACAGUCUCAUACUGUUAAAACACAGGGCAGUGAAAAAGGUGUUAGUCCAUGCUGCCAACCAGAGAAGCAAAUAGUUAAGAAAACAUUCAAGAAGAAACAGGUAAAGGGUAUGACAGGUUAUAAGAAAAAAAGAAAAAGGAGAAUGAAAAUGGAGGAUUUUGUUCAAAACCCCAGCAGUGUGGUGGAAGAUGAGGAUAUUAAUAUCAAUGACUUCCAGUUUGAUGACCCAGUAGACUUUUCAGAGACAAUUCCAUGUGAGGCAGCACCUUGUUUAGAUGGUGAACUGGCAUCAUCUGUACAAUCCCAAGGAGGAGGAGAAGGAAAAAACUGUGAUAAGUCAGUGAUCAUCAAACACAGUGCAUCUGCAUCAAGUCUUGGCAUCACCAGCUGGACUGAUGCUCUUGUCAGGCCCAGUCUGCAGCCUCAAGUCUUGCUGGUAGAUCUAGUGAAGGCCUACCUUAAGGGAGCAGAUUUUGAUAACUGCAGGAUCUGCCAAAAUGUGAUUGAUCUCAGCCUUGUAGAGAGAGAGGAAGCAGAAAAUCUCCCACUACCACAAGACGACUUAGCACUAGUUCCAGACAUUUUAAAGCCAGGAACAGCUAUUUCAGAUUCUUCAACUCUGCAGAAAAGGUUUGAACCUAACAGUGGACAACUCACAAAAGACCACAUUUCAAUGCAGAAUACUUCUGAUGGCAAAGAGAAGCCUGAUGCAGAUUUAUCAGCAGGUGACUUGGUGAGAAAAGCUGAUGGUGAAGUAAGAGGUGAUGAUACCCGAACACAGGUAGCUGUUUCAUCACGGAAGCAGGGGAGCCCUGGUUCUAUUAUCAAUAGUGAAGACAAUUCAGGUGCAUCAGAUGUUUUUGCAUCAUUAGAUCAAGAAAAUAAAGCCACCGUGAGCACUUUAUUUGGCACACUUACAACAGAACAUGUUUCUGUGUCUGCAAAGAAUUCAGAGCAACUGUAUGCAGGCAUAGAUUGUGUACAGAUCAUUCCAGUUAAAGCCAGUGAGCAUACUAUUGUGGCUGCAGAAAUUAACUCACAGCUGGAUUCAUCAGAGUCUUUUACUAGAAACACUGAAAAGGUUGAUGAUGUAAAUAGUGAGGAGUCUAAAAAUGAAAGGGUUUGCAGUCGAAAAACUCUUCAAAAAGAAAGUGGCAGUCAGCAAGAGUCACUGAGAUGUUCAUCCUUGCAGGAAAAAUCAGUGAAUACUAAAACCACUAUUAAAGAUUUAGUAGAUGUACCAGCAAAAGUGAUACCAGUGCUUAUUGACAAAGAACAUGAGGAAAGUGUAAAUCCUUGUUUUGACAUCACUGCUGUGAAUGUGGUGUCAAAGCUUUCUUGCAUUCUGCCAGAGUUUGAGAAGGAUGAUACUAGAUAUUCUUCUUUGGCUUCAUCUUAUAACUUUAAAAAAUCGCCUCUUUUUGUUGAGUCAUCUAUAAAGUCAAGAUCUCUUGUCUUAAAUCCAUCUAACUGUACUGGUAGAAAAAAUAAUGAAAAAAAUAGUCGAGGAGAAAUGGCAAGUGUGCAGUGGCCAGAUACUCUUCUUCAGACUAAAGAAGUUAUUCCUCAACGAUCAUGUGAUGUUGAGGUUAAUGAAAAAAGAUCUGUUGCGAUUGAGACGGUGAAUUUAAUGGAGUCACCCAGCAGAUUGCAGAGCUCUUCAGUCAAUUCUCAUAGAAAUGUGAAAAACUGGCAGCAAUGGAAAAGCUUACAGGCAGCCCAAUUUAGCUGCCAAGAAAGUGAGAAUAAAAAAAAUGCCAUAGAUGUUGCAUGUCCAAAAUCUGAGGCCCUUAAAACUUCAGACAUUGUCUGUGAUGGGAUUUCUGAUUCAGGUGUCUUGCUUGAUAAUCCAUCUCUUAAAUUGGUGUCGGCAUCCACGUCAGAAAAGCAAGGCAGCCACGUCAGUUCAGCAUAUGACAAUUCAAGUUUUUUUGAUAUGAUUAACAAAACUAGUAGUUUUCCCACAAGAAAUUCAAUACCAGGUUUGGAUCUUAUUGAAGAACCACCACUCUGUAACAUUUCAAGUGUGUGUGAUGGGCUGAAGUUUGCAACUGAAGUUUUGUCUGUUUCAACUGAGAAUGUUGAGCAAGCAAAAAGAGAAAUUUUGGCUGCUGAAGAACCAAGUGUUAGCACAGCUCUUAUUUCCUAUAGUGGUGAGAAUGAUGUAGAGGGAGCUUGUCAGGAAGAGGGAAGCUCCAAUCAGACAGCUUGUAGCAGAGACCAAAAAAUAGUGCUUGAACAAGAAACUUUUGAAUUACCUAAUGUAGAUGGAGCCUGUAGGCUACCUGUAGAAAAACUUACAAAAUCUCCAAUUACAUUGGAUAUCAGUGAAGCUGAAAGAGAGUUUUCUUCUGACUGUUUGGAGGAAGACAAGGAGUUUCAAAUCUCUGUGAAGACCAGGCCUGUUGGCAUUGGCUGCCCUAUUCCCAGCGUUGCAAAGCAGCAAGGUGAAAUAAAAAAUUGUAUAAACGAAUGUGAAGAGCAAAUGUCCUUGAAAGCUGUUCCUAUGUUCCAAAGUGUUGAGAAUCUACCAUCUGGAAACAUUGGUCAAAGAGUAGAAAAUCAGACACCUCACUUUAUUCAUCAGGGAUCCAUGCAGCCACAAACAGUAUCAUAUGAAAAUAUGGGAAACACAAUCUCUGUAAGAAACAUUCAUCAAAACUCUCAGCAACAACCAGGAUAUUAUACAGGGAAACCACAUUAUGUAGAAUUAGGCCAACCCUAUUUCGGUUCCACAGCUAGACCAGUAGCCAUGUUUUUGCCAUCUUUGCCAGGGUUUAAUCAGCCACCUCAAUCACCACAUUGCUUUCUACCUUCGCCUCCACAGACUUUUUUACCCGGAGGGAAACAGUUCCCUGUUCAGCACCUACCUAAUUUCCAGCAGUCAUCAGCUGGAAACAUAACUUUUCCAAUGGUAACAGUACUUAGACAUUCUGCUGUUGGGAUUGUCUCACCCAUGGUUCAUGGCGCUACAGUACAUGGUGGAGAUCUCAACUUAGCAAAUAUGCCACCAUCCUCUGCUCCAUCAUACAAUUGUAAUAAUGCAGCAGAUUUCAGCAAGAAACCUAGCAUGUCUUCUUCUGUGAGUGGCAGUGAUGUGUAUUCAUGGUUCUCAGAUAUUCUUAGUGGCAAACGGAAUUUAUCUCCUCAGGGCAGUAAAGACACAGAGUCUAGCAGUAGGUUGGGUGAAGUAGACUUCAAGCAUUUUACUAAAAGCAAAGAUAAGACAAAGCGUCUAAAGUCAGAGAAUGAUGACACGUCAUCAGAUCGAGAAAAAAAGUACAGCUAUAGCAACUCAUCCAGCUCUUCCAAAACCAGAUUUAAGCAUUUUGGUCCAGACGAUUACUUUGACAUGUCCCACAAGUCAACAUCUAAAGCCGCUGGCUACAGCAGGUCUAAAACUCUGCAGACAGAUUCAAGUGGCUCACCAAGUUUAAAGGAUGGACAUUCUGAUCGUUUCAGAAGAAAGAGUGAGUGUGUUGGAUCAGAUGACUCAACUUUUUCACCUUGUUUCUUGAAGGACAGAUUAAGUCGUUCAAAAAGGAGAACUAAAUAUUCAAGAUCACGUAGUUCAUCUAAUUCAUCUAAUUUGGAAAAGAACAGAUCUUCCAGUCCCCCAAAAAGAAAGAAGAAACGUACAGAUUCAGAUGAUUCACGUUCAUCUCGUGGCACUAAACCAAAGACACAGCAUUUGGCAUCAGAAGGUUUUGGGCGCGGUCAUAAAAAGUCAGAUGCAGGAAGGGGAAGUUCCACAAAAACUUCAGUUUCAAAAACAUCCAUGAUCAAAAUAGCUACCUCUUGCACCAAAAGCUUGGAAUCCGAGACAACAGGCUCAAAAAUUUCAAGAAACAGAAUCUCAGAUGUAGCUACGAAAGAGGACACUAAGAGGAGGACAGUUUUAGAAUUAAAUAACAAACCAGGGUGCACAACUUCUAAGGCAGCUGUUUCAGGUGAAGUGAUAGUCCUGGAUUCAAAGAAAAAACGCAAAGAAAACUUUAACAAUAUUCAGAGCGAAGAUGCUUUAUUGAUGGCUUGUAAAAAGAGUUCUGUGAAAGAUGACUUAAACACAUACAUGACCGGAGAAUCAGGCUGUCCAGUUGUUGCCCAGUCUGACAGAUCAGAGUCAGCAGGAUCGUCAUUUUCAUCAUCUGAAGCAUCUGCAUCUGUUGAUUCAAAUUCUUCACUGAAAGCAGGGUUGUUCGGAGGACUUCGGUAAGUCAGGGCUCCAGAAACAUCAGAUGCUUAAACGAAA